AAUACGGUGAGCUAUUUAGCCAAGCCGCAGUCAGCCGUCUGGCAUUCGUCUGGCAGCGCGCUAGGAUCUUGGGCACAAACGCUGAAUACCAAGAGACAAACACCUGCUUGCAGAUGUACACUCAUUGCUACGAAACUGCUGAAGUCUCAGCGUUCUACAGGCAGUACAGACCACAACUUCCGUCCUUCGUUGUGCAAGAUGCCAUUUCGUACAUGAAUGAGAAGUUGCCAUGCCCGCAGCCCUUGUGUCUGGACGUGGGAUGUGGACCGGGUCAGAGCACCGAAUUGUUCUGCCCGUUUUUCGAAAGAGUGGUUGGGAUAGACGUCAGUGAAACUCAAAUCAAGGAGGCGGAGGCGAAGAAGCAGGCACGGAAUGUGUCCUACCAGGCAGGUCCGGCAGAAUCUCUUCCAUUUCCGGACAACAGCGUUGCAAUGAUUGCCGCUGUGAAUGCACUUCACUGGUUUGACAUGAACACCUUCUACAAGGAAGCAACUCGAAUUUUGCAACCGGACGGUGUCUUGUUGGCGACAAUAUUCCAUCUGCGUAAAAUUCUCGUGCCUGGUCUGGAGAAUGUUCUUGAUGAGUUUCGAGAUGACAACUUCCAAGCUUAUCGUACUUCCCAACACAACUAUUUUGAUGGAUACGCAAAGGUUGACUUUCCAUUUAAUGAUGUCAGAAGGAAGGAUGAAAUGGUGAGUCGUGAGAUGCCGUUGUCGGCCGUGAUCAGUACCGUCAAGACCUGGAGCUUAGCUGUUAAGAUGCAGAAGGAGGACCCGGGAAAACAUGGAGAAAUCUUUAAAUCGCUGGAGAACAGGGUAUUGUCGCAUCUGAAGGGAGGCGAUGCGGAACAUUUGCAGAUUGGGAUGAAGGUGUACUAUGUACUUUGUCGGAAAUGAUAUUUUAUAGCGUUUUGUUUGGUAAUAAAAUCAUCUGAGAUUCCCUGCA